AUGCCACUGACCGCCACGCCAAAGUCUGUCGAUCCGAAGAACCAAGUGUUCGCCAUGAUUCGGAGUCGAGCAACUGCCGGUCCGCUUGAGGAGCUUGCUGCAAAGCGCAAAAACAUCCACAUUGUGGUCACCGACAUUUCCGACCCGAAGAAAUUGGAUCAGGCGGCCGCCGAAAUCUCCAAGGUGACGGCCGGUUCGCUUGAUGUCCUGAUCCUCAACGCCGGCUCCGCAGGGCCAGAGACCAGCGCGCUCCCGCCAAGUGCUUUCCAUGGCAAAGAGGCGGCGUUGGAGCACGAGAUCCACGAGAACAUCAAAAACAACCUGCUCAGCAACGUCUAUGUCAUCAACAGCUUCCUCGGCCUCAUUCGCAACGGCAAAGAGAAGAAGAUUGUCUUCAUUUCCAGUCAGUGCGGAGACCUUGAGUUCACCCGUGUGACUGGCCUUGCUACCCUGCUGGGAUAUUCCGUCAGCAAGGCCGGCAUGAACAUCAUCACCACCAAGUUCGGCGUGGAAUUGGCCCAAGAGGGCAUCAAGACACUGUCUAUGAGUCCCGGAUGGGUGAACACAGAUGCUGCUCAAGCCGUCACAGGCGACCCGGAAAUCCGGAAAUUCAUGCUGAAUGCUUUUCACAAGAUUGACCCGACCGUCGAAGGGCCGAUUUCGGUGGAUGAAUCCGUCACCGAUCAGCUUCAGGUGAUUCAGAGCUUGACGGAAGCGAACAGUGGGAAGUUUCUCACACAUCACGGAAAUCAUGAUGAGUGGUUCUAG